AUCAUGGCGAAGCGAAAUUGACCAGCGCGGGAAAUGGACUCACGGUCAGCCAGGAAAAAUCCGCCAUCUUGAAAAACGUGUUUGUAAUAUCUGUGGCUUUUAUGUUUCUCUUCACAAGUUACAACUCCAUGUCCUUCUUACAGUCCUCCAUCAACAAGGUGGAGGGCACGGCCUCCCUCACCGUCCUCUACGCCGCCUUCAUAUUCUCGUGCUGUUUCCUUCCCUCGUGGAUGAUCAGGCGGCUGGACGAGAAGUACACGAUGGCGGCCUGCAUGCUAUGCUACUCGACCUACAUGGCGGCGCAGUUCUACCCCAGGAUCUACCGGUCCCACGGCGGUGGUGGUCGGCUCGGCGCGCGCCAUGUGGUCCGCCAAGUGACCUACCCAAGUAUUAAGAUAUACAGGGUACCACUACCUCCUGUGUAUUUCGUCAACGUGUGGUUCAAACGUCAUGAAGCUUGUCUAAGUGUUACUCCUCCAUUUGUUUCAGCGAAUGAUGCUGUCUUUACUGUUAUCCACUGGUUGUGGUCUGAAAAACUAGUUAAAUUCUUGUUGCCCGGAUCUGUGUUUUGUGUAACAGUCAUGCUAAGGAGUUGGCUGAACAUCAAAGCGUCAGAGAGCGAAGUGGUCAUCACGGUGUGGGGCAACGUCAUCUCUUCUACAGUGCUGUCAGUAGGAGUUGAAAAGAACAAGACUGCCGAGGAGCUUCUCACCUGCGGCUACAACUUCUGCCUCGAUCAACAGUACGAGGAAUCCCCCAGCAACGCCACCGUCAGCACGGACAGUCGCGAAGAUGGUCCUGCUCUGUGGAAGAUCUACACCAUGGCCUCAAUCUACCUCGCCUGUGCACUCCUCGCCGCCGUCAUUACCGUCUUCUUUGUGGAUCCGCUGAGCAGAUUUUUGAAGGAAUCCCCAGCCAGCCAGGAAAAGAGUGGCCUCGUGCUCGUUGCUGCCACCUUUAACCAAUUGCGCCAUCCAUACCAGUUGCUGAUCAUUCCUCUGACGAUAUGGUCGGGCGUGGAACAGGCUUUCCUCGGCGCAGAUUACACGGCGGCUUUCGUAUCCUGUGGUCUAGGCGUACACAUGGUCGGUUACGUCACCAUUUGCUACGGAGUUUGUGACGCCAUCUGCUCCGUUGGAUUCAGCCCCAUCGUCCGGAAGUACGGUCGUGUCCCCGUCUUCAGCCUCGGUUUCCUCAUUAACCUGGGGCUGAACAUCACUCUUACGUACUGGACGCCGAAAACCGAUGAUUUGGUCGUGUUCUUCGUCAUAUCAGGUCUCUGGGGCGUCGCUGAUGCAGUGUGGCAGACGCAGAUCAACACCCUCUACGGCGUGAUCUUCCCCGGCGAGUCCGAAGCAGCGUUCAGCAACUACCGCCUGUGGGAAUCGACGGGCUUCAUCAUCGCCUACGCCUGCAGCACCGUCCUUUGCGUCAGCUCGAAGAUCGUGGUCCUCAACGUGUUCCUCCUGCUGGGGAUCGUGGGAUACUACGCCAUCGAGGUCCUGGAGAAGCGGGGAGGACUCGAGAAGGACAAAGACGGGAAAGUGGUUGUUCUCGAUCGGCUGUUGCUUCGCCUGUUAAAGAAGAGGGCGAGUGUGUAGGCCUGCCUGUGGGUUUUGUUAAUGCUGUUGUUUUGUUAUAUGGACGAAUCUGUUUAUUGUUAUUAUUAUUAUUAUUAUUAUUAUUAUUAUUAUUAUUAUUAUUAUUAUUAUUAUUAUUACUAUUAUUAUAUGAAUUAAUCUGUUUAUUGUUAUUAUUACUAUUAUUAUUAUUAUUGUUAUUACAUAUGAAUGAAGCAAUGACCUAUUUAUUCUUAGGGAUGACAGAAUCUGUUUUUAGCUAUGAAUGGAUGAAACUGAGUCAAUGGAAGAAGAACGAAGCAAGAAGAGAGUGAAGGCAGAGUGAAUGACAUUGGUUUACAGUGAAUGAGCCAAAGGCAAUGGGAAUGAAAGGUUGAGCGAUAUUAGACAUUUGUUAAGGGCGAAAGAACUUACAAUUGUGAAUGACUUUCGUUACACAGAUGUAUAUAUUUUUUCUAGGUUUCGUACUGAAACAUUUCCAGUAACUCUUGGAACUUGGGCGAUGUUCAGUGACGGCCAUGUGUAUAAAUGUAAAUAAAGUUUUUUCGGCCAUG